CCGCCGCUGUCUCCACGCUGCCCGCCGCGCCCGGGGGCAGCGUGUUCCCGGCCGGCGGCGGGCCCCUGCUCACGGGCGGCGCGGCCGUGCACAUCUCUGCCGCCGGAGCCUCCAAGGCCACCCUGUACUGCCGCGUCUUCCUGCUCGACGGUACCGAAGUGAGCGUGGACCUGCCGAAACAUGCCAAAGGCCAGGAUUUGUUUGAUCAGAUUGUGUAUCACUUAGACCUGGUGGAAACAGAUUACUUUGGCCUCCAGUUCCUCGACUCUGCCCAGGUUCCGCACUGGCUGGAUCAUUCCAAACCUAUAAAAAAGCAGAUGAAAAUUGGACCUGCUUAUGCUUUGCACUUUCGAGUUAAAUAUUAUUCUUCAGAACCGAACAACCUUCGUGAAGAGUUUACAAGGUACCUGUUUGUUUUACAACUCAGGCAUGACAUUCUUUCAGGAAAAUUGAAAUGCCCAUAUGAAACAGCUGUGGAAUUAGCCGCUCUCUGCCUACAAGCCGAGCUUGGGGAGUGCGAGCUUCCAGAACACACACCAGAGCUUGUGUCUGAGUUUCGGUUCAUUCCAAAUCAGACAGAAGCGAUGGAAUUUGAUAUCUUCCAGAGAUGGAAAGAAUGCAGGGGAAAGAGCCCUGCCCAGGCGGAACUCUCCUAUCUGAAUAAAGCGAAGUGGCUGGAAAUGUAUGGGGUAGACAUGCACGUUGUCAGGGGAAGAGAUGGCUGUGAAUAUUCUCUUGGACUGACCCCGACAGGCAUAUUAAUCUUUGAAGGAGCUAACAAAAUAGGCUUAUUCUUUUGGCCGAAAAUUACCAAGAUGGAUUUUAAAAAGAGCAAAUUGACGCUGGUGGUGGUGGAGGAUGAUGACCAGGGCCGGGAGCAGGAGCACACGUUCGUGUUCCGCCUGGACAGCGCCCGGACCUGCAAGCACCUGUGGAAGUGCGCCGUGGAGCAUCACGCCUUCUUCCGGCUGCGGACGCCAGGAAACGGCAAGUCCAACAGGUCGGACUUCAUCCGGCUGGGCUCGCGCUUCCGGUUCAGUGGGCGGACCGAAUAUCAAGCGACCCAUGGCGCCAGGUUACGAAGAACCAGCACCUUCGAGAGGAAGCCUAGUAAACGCUACCCAUCCCGAAGACAUUCGACGUUCAAAGCAAGUAACCCAGUGAUAGCAGCUCAGUUCUGCCCUAAAACAAAUCCUGAAGUCCAUAAUUACCAGCCUCAGUAUCAUCCCAAUCUCCACCCCGGCCAACCUCGGUGGCACCCACACUCUCCAAACAUAAGCUACCCGCUCCCUUCCCCAGGGCUCAGCAGCUCGGACCGGCUGCCUUUCGGCCUCGAGGAGAACGGGGGCGCUCCGUUUACCACCAAGCCUUCGGGAAGGCAUCACCAUCACCAUCACCAACACCAGCACCAUACCAGCUAUGGCCUCUCGCUGACCCUGGAGAGCAAGGAGGGGCUUUCCAGGUCCCCAAACUCCAGCAGUAAAUCCCUUACAAAACUGAGUCCGGGAACACCUGCCCUUUUCAGCGAAGCCGCUGCCCAUCUAAAGAAGCUGGAACUGGAAACUGUGAAGCCUGCUGGACCCUGGCCUGCUCUGCACAUCAAUAUAAAUAAGGCCGAAGAGAAAAAAGUUUCUGAGAAGACUCUUCAGACCCCACUUUUGCCGUCCCCCGUGGCUGAUCACGUGAAGUGUAACAUUUUGAAGGCCCAGCUGGAGAACGCGUCCCGAGUGAGUGCCCAGGUUGGAAAAGAGGAAUCAACGUUUGUAAAUAUUAAUAAGAAAUCCACUCUUCAGGACGCUAAUGUAAGAAGUCCUAUUCCUAUACGUGUGGAAACUACACAACCAGCUAUGGAAAAGCCGGAGAUCAAGCCUCCCCGAGUGCGGAAGUUAACAAGACAAUACAGCUUUGACGAAGACGACCUCCCUCCAGACCUGGCCGAGGCAGUGGGAGCGACCACAGCUCCAACCACGGCCACCGCCACCGCCACACCAGUCUCAGUGCCGCUGCUGUCCCCCAAAGUUCACAAGAUCAGCUCGCCUCAGAACUCAGAAGGCAAGGGCCAGCUGUCCCCGGGGGCCAAGAGCCCCUCUAACCGCGGAGGUGCCUUUACCUUGGAGCCGGGGGAUCUCCUAAUGGAUUUCACGGAAGCCACUCCUCUGGCAGAGCCCGCCAGCGCCCCCCACUGUGCCCACUCUCGCUGUUCUCCUCCACUCUCUCUCCCCAUGAAGGAAGAGACCACUGGAGUUUGCAUGCACCCUCCAAUCAAAACGAGGCUGAUAAAAACAUUCCCGGCUGAUCCAGUGACCCCUUUUCCUGAUCCUUUCAUAACAGGGCCACAGUUUACCGCAGACUUUAGAGACAGUAAAUUACAGUGCUCUCCUGGCCAGUCUUCCCCGCUGAUCCCAGCGGCGACCCUGAGGCCCUUGACAGAGGCCGUGUCCACAGCGCAGACCGUCUACACCAUUCGGAAGCCUGUUUCUCCGGCGACAAGUGCAGAGACCCUCCGGCAGGAACUGGAGAGAGAGAAAAUGAUGAAAAGACUGCUGAUGACCGAACUGUGAAACUCUGCCCGGUUGCCUGGAGGAUGGCAUGGUGCCUUCUGGACGUUUCCUUUCUCCGGGCUUCGCGUGCUCGCGGUAGCGCAGCCUACAAACGUGCGCUCUGUUCGCCCAGGUCUCCAUGGUCAAAGCCAACCUCUGGCUUGACUUUCAUUGGAAAAGUUAUUUACUGUCUCCUGAGUAUUAGAGGUUUUCCUACUACUCAAUGUAGUUGAGACAAAAUUUGGUAAGCCUAGGAGAAGAAAGAUGGGAAAACCGGGAUUCCUUCUCAGAAGCACCUGUGUGUACAUAUGAAUAACCACAGGGGUUAACAUGGCAUGGAAUCCUUUGUUCUCAGUCUCAACCAUGUGAUUUUGUAUGACUGACACUUGCACCAAGCUUUGACUGUUUGUUAAAGAGUCAUUUUUAAUGAGAGAAUAAUUCUUUACUGCUGGUUUUCCAUUUACACUGGUAAAUGCACAGAUCUUAUAACGUCUUUAACAUUCAUUUUUAUUCAGACACGAGUAGGUGAACUAAAAAAGGAAAGUUGCAAUCACCAGGACUGAAGUUAUUUCAGCUUAAUCUGAAAUAUAAUUUAACUUGUGAAUUUGAGGGUUAUGAUAUUAUGGGGGAUACACAGACUUUAUUAUUGAACCCAAAGUAAAAGCUUAAAUUGUCUGAAAUAGUUGAAAUUGUCUAAAAAUCCUUACAAAGGGAUUUGAUAGCAGGAUUCAUUUGGGUGUUCCAUGAAGGGAAAUUAUCUCUAAAGUUGAUCAACUCAUGUCCUGUUGAUAGAAACUUGACCAGAAGAAACUUUGCUCUUUUUUAUAUAGUUUCAAGAAAUGUGUUUUUAAAUUUUUCUUAUGCACUUGAACAACUUUGCAGGAAUAAAAGAACCCCCUAACCACAAACUAACCCUCCAAAUUGCUUCCCACCCUUUCUCAAUGCAUAUGCACACAUUUUUUCAUCAGUAUGAUCAUUGUGAACAUAAUAUUUGAUUACUUCCUCCAUCUAACACAUAUCUUCUCUUUUCAACACUGAUCCUGCUCUCACCACUUACAAUUUCUUUGUAUUCAUGUAAUGUGGUUAACCUCACUUGUUGCCAUUUCUAGAUAUUUGAGUUAUAUCCUAUUUUUCAUUCUCAUAAAUAGUGCUGCUAUGAAUGUCUUUGUAAAAAAUAAAAUGUUUCUUCCUUUGGAUUCUUCCCUUGGGAGUAUCUCCAAAGAGAGAUUACAAGGUCAAAGAGCAUGAAGUAUUUUAUAGCUCUUGUUUCAUAUUGUCAGAUUGCUUUCUAGAAAGAUCCAGUCUCCUGGUUGAAAGGACCUUAGAGGUCAUCAAGUUCAACCUCCCAUCCUCUCUAAAUGCUUGAAACCCCUCUACAAUUUUUGAUGCCACCAGCAAUGUAUAAGCAUUUCUAUUUACCAAUAGUUCUGCCAGUAUUGGGUUUUGCCAUUUUAAUUUAUUUUUGCUAGUUUAAUAAGUGCAUAUAGUUGUUCUUAAAAGGUUGUUUUAUUUCAUUAAUUGCUAGCAAAGCUGAGCACUUUUCCAUGUGAUGACUUAGUAGCUGUAUUUCCUUGUGUGUAAAAUAUCCAUCCAUUUCUUAUGACCACUUAAGUGGGAUUGAUCUCAUAUAUUUGUAUCAGAAUUGUAUUUUUAUGUUGUAUUGUAUACUUUGCUCUCCUCUCCCUCUCCUUAAAUCUGAAUGGUGCCAAUAAUUUGAUACUAAUGAUAUAAAAAAAAAAGCAAUGCCUCAUUGACUAGCAUUGUUGUGAAAUGAGGUAAUGUACGCAAAUAUUCAGAUAACAGAGGAUUAACCCUUUUAAGUGACGAAUCUUUACAAUUUUAAUAUUUUUUGAGGGAAAUCUUUCUAAAAUAUAUUACGCACUUCCCUGCCUUAGUAAACAGAGUACAUUGGAGAGUAUUUAACCUUUUCUUGAUGAGUCAUCAUCAUUACAAACAUCAGCCCCUUUGUACCUUGGUGUGGUGUCGUGAUGUCAUCCGGAGCCUGUCCAAACAUGCAGGGCUCGGCUUGCCUUUCACAGACUAACGCUCUUCUCGUUGAUGGUUUGCACUGCUGUCUGCUCUACUGGUGAAGCUGUCAGGGGCAACUGUGGUAUCUGGGAACUUUUACCCCCUUCCAUAUAACCCGGCCCCUGGCUGUAUUUAAACAGCUUUCGCCGUUCUUUAUGUUGUGCACACGAUACAAAAUGUGUUCUGUACAAUAUGGGGGAAGUGUUUGUGUCUCGGGUUGUCACGUCCUGCCGAUCCCUCCUCUUCUAACCUGCUUUCUGAGUCUUCUGCUCUUCACCUCCUGCUCUCUGAUGGAAACCUCCAGGGCAAAACUGAAGUUUUCUUGAGGAAGCCAGGAAACGCAGUGUUACAUGCGUGUCAGAUUGGCUUUGCUUCUGAGGAGGGGGCAGUGCAUGGGGUUUUGGGCCAUUGUUCUCAGGAGGCUCUGAGCCUGCUGCUUCUUCCUACACGGCCCCCUGCGUCACAGAUGUUUCGGAAGGUCGAUGUCACUGGAAGUCUGAUCAUGAACAAGUUGGCUCUUACUGUAUAUGAAAACCCAGUACCUCUGGCAGCUCAACUCUAACCAGUAAAAUCAAGAGGAUUCCAUCCUUUCA